AUGAGGUCAUCAAACGAGAAUGAACUGUCUUCAAAUCAAGACCCAAUGAAUUCACAGCGUAACACAGAAUCUGUCUCCAACCAGUUUUCUGUUGAAAGCAGGAGCAGGGAGUUCAUUUGGAAGACUUUAAUCGUAGCGUCACUCCAGAUUGCAGUUGUGUGGGAAAUCUGUGCCUUCGUGUUACUUACUGAAACACUUCGUCACUGGAUGUCGAAUACUCUUUGGUUUAUCUGGUCGUGCGGGUAUGUGUAACACUCAUAUCUUUCAUGCUCCUCAAAUAUACAACCCAAUUUAUUAUCCAUCUCAUAAUUAGGCACACUAUGGAGAAUAAUGCUGAGAGUAGGACAGUGAAUGGCUAUUUGGAUCUAGAAUAGUGAAGUGGAACUGCUUUCUUUCUGAGUAAGUUAUUCAGACACCAUGAUUCUACGAGGUUCGAGUUGUAGACAUAAUACAAAAAAUACUGAUAAUCCACGAAGGCUGCAAGCAAGGCUGAAUCACACUGAUAACUAAGAAUACUUGUACAGCUGAGUGUUUCAUUUCGGCAUCUUAAUCCUAAUUUAAUACUUCAGAUGAAUUGUACUUAUUGUCAGUAUUACUCUUGUAUUCAUCAUUCGAAUAACAUAACUGAGUGUAGUUGAACCACCUUGGUGGCGGUUAUCACAUUUAAUCGACGAAAUUUCAGGGGAUGUCUAUUAUCCUCCCCCCUCCUAAUCCAAUAGAAAUUGAUCAGGAGAAUUGCCAUCCUCAUUACUUUUAUUUCUUUUGUUCGUGUCGAUAUAGAAUUCUGGGGACACUUCUGCAACUGGAAAUGCUGCUUAUACCACAAUUACAAUUCGCCUUCCCCUACAAUUAUAUGUACUUGAUAGUAACUACAAUAAUCAUCGUUUUUCCCGCAGCUGUACCGCUUAUCGAUGUAGAAAUCUGGUGGACGUUUGUCACAUGGAUUAUUACCAUGCUUAUUGCAGGAAUUGUUGUGGCUGUCAGUGUACUUAGGAGAUUCGAUUUGCUCAAAAGUUUCGGCCCGUUCAUUCUUGCCACAUUCGUCAUUGAAUUAUUCUUUUGUGUGGUAUUCUUCCCUUUCAUUUAUUUUCAAGAAUACGAUGAGAUAGCUAUCAUUGUUCGAGCUCUUCUUGGUGAUAGACGAUUCACAUUCCGAAAUGAUCAACACGUA